AUGCCCUGCGCCUGGUGGCCGUUGCUUGUAGAUAACGAGAAGCAGCUUCCCUUUUCAUCCAAGUUGAUGAGAGGGCACAACAAAGAUCUUAAGAGAGAUCAAAAAGCCGCAAUCUGUGGUUUGGAACUCUAUUCCAUGGGAGCCUCCAUCCGUGCUGUGAUUAAGUAUCUUGACCAUAUUGACCCGAAGAUGGUAGUGGUUGCUAGGAGAGACACGGAGCACUCUAAUCACUGCAGAACCGAUAUGGUCAAGAUGUUGAGGGAGCUACUCAAGAAUAGAAUUGAGUACUCGUCCCACAUUGAGGAUGGAGAGGAGUUUCACAGCUCAGAGCAGAAUGUGCGGUUGGUUGCGGUUAGGUUCCCUUUACAAGAAGCAAAUAAGUAUUCUGACACUCGAAUAGAUGCAGAGGAGUACUACAAGGCCAUGUAUUUCAGCUCAGCUGAGUCCUGGAACUUCCGUGAUCCUCACAAGUUCGAGACUCUCCAGCGAAUCCUCGACCACAAAGGCAAAGGCGCAAAGGCGGUUGUUUGGGUUCGCAAUAGCCACCUUGGUAAUGCCAGAGCGAGUUCCAUGGGAUGGCACCGUAGUGAACUCAACCUCGGCCAGCUUGCUCGAAAGGCGGUACUCACACUGGAACUGUUGCAGCUGCGAAUGAGUGGGACGCUGACUUGCAGAUUAUGA